GAAGCGGUUCCAUAUAGUCUUGAGCGUCACGGCCAUAUCCAAUCAAGCCUAGAGGUCUCGAAUUUUCAUCGUCCAUCUCGACAGCCGCCCAGAGGAAGAUGCGUACGAUCAAGAGAUCAUUCCACACCUCGAUUACGGUAACGAACCGCAAAGUGGGCCAUCUCGUCCUCCUGGCUUCUUGUGGCCGCCUUCUUGUUAGUCCGGCUUUGGAAUCGACCAUCGUCAGCUGAGCGUCUGCUCCUGCUGGAUAAUGCCCAUCCAACGCUAUCCGCCGUUAAUCCGAGUCUUCCGAAGUGUAUAUCAGCAAGUCGACAGCGUCCUCCGAUGCAACGGCGAGUUGAACGACUGUCGUGCCCCUUCAUCACUUUCGGCACGUUUGUCUCUACUUUCCGCUGUCGCGACUGUAUCACUAAGUCCUACCUCGACUUGUAUCUCUUGUCUCCUCUUUCUGUUUCGCACUUCCUGUACGGCCA